AGUCUUCCAUACGGGACUAGACACUAAAGAACCAACUAAUUUAGAUAUGUAACUCCACAUUUUUCUGCUACAAUAUCAAGAAACUUCUUCAUAGUCUUCAUAGUCUCAUUAUUCUUGAUUGCAACGAUAAAGAGCUGAUAAUUCUUAUGGUGGCGACAACAUCCUAGCACUUCAAUCAAAGGUUGUUGACUAUUAUUUUUCUCUCGUAAUUUUGGGACGAUUUGGACAUGUUUGGGAACUAUUAUUAUAUAUCGGAAGGAGGGAUAACCGGUGUUUGGUUACAUGUACAGUUAAAAUAAAGAAUAAAAAAAUAGAAAAUCGUUUAAUAAAGGACAUUUCAGACAUUUUGUGUACAAUUGAAAAUAUGAUUUACAUAUUAUUAUUAUUACUAGUGGGCUAAGCUAUAGAAUUGAAGCCCAUUAUUACUAGUUUAUUAGAAUUAUAAAGCCCAAUCAUUUUCAGAUAAAACUCAACCAGUCCACCGUUUUCUGUGUCCUUUCUUCUCAAUACUCACUUCAAUGGACACUCUACAGGCCACUUACCGAGACGACAGACACCGAUGAAGACUCCCCUCCCCUUCCACCACCGAUCACCGCCGCCGCCAAGCUGGUAAACGCCGUCGUGAUACCCGAUAUGAAGCCCGAGUUGCCCGAACAGAAUCGCGUGAUUGAAAUCAAGCAACAGCUUGAAGCCGCUGCCUCCGAAGACGUUUCGCCUGAAGAAAUUUCCUCGUACGGAAUCGUAACUCCUCGAGACGCCGAUCAAAUCGACAAUCAUGGUACUCCGAAUUCCGCCGAUCUCCCACCAGAAAUUGGCACCGAGGAAGUUGGAGAGGAGGAGGAAGAAGAAGAGGAGCCCCCACAGAAGACGCUCCCCGAUUCGCCCAAACGCGAAACCCCUGAUGCUAAAAUUACCGAAAUGCCCCCGCCGCCUGAUGUAGUUCCUCCACCGCCCCGGAGCGGAAACCCGCCCACCGCCAAAUCAGGAAAGAAAUCAAAGAAGAAGGACGUGUGGACCACCACCACCAGGAAGGGGAAGAAGAAAACCAAGCAUGCAUCAAACAGCAGCCACAGUUCCAAGAACCCCACAUACGGCCACCCCUUAGCCGAAGAUAGAAUGUUGAUUUCCCCGGUACCGAGAUUCCCAGAUAAAACCGACGAUAGCCCGGACUCGAGAAUCUGCCUCUCGAAGGUCCACAAGGCGGAGAAGGUCGAACUGAGCGACGAUAGAAUGACCGCAAGCUGCACAAAGGGGUACAGAAUGGUGAGGGCGACGCGGGGAGUGGUCGAGGGCGCGUGGUACUUCGAGAUUAAAGUGGUGCGUUUGGGAGAGACGGGACACACGAGGCUCGGGUGGUCCACCGAUAAAGGGGAUUUGCAGGCACCCGUUGGAUACGAUGGCAAUAGUUUUGGAUAUAGGGAUAUUGAUGGGAGUAAAGUGCAUAAAGCAUUGAGAGAGAAGUAUGGGGGUGAAGGGUAUAAAGAAGGUGAUGUUAUAGGGUUUUAUAUCAAUUUGCCGGAUGGAGGGGCCUACGCCCCCAAUCCUCGGUGCUUGGUUUGGCACAAGGGGCACUGGUAUGUGUCUGCUCCCGAUGCAAAGGAGGAACCCCCCAAAGUUGUUCCGGGGAGUGAAAUAUCGUAUUUCAAAAACGGAAUUAGUCAGGGUGUUUCUUUCACAGAUAUUUGUGGUGGUCGUUACUACCCCGCUGCUUCAAUGUACACUCUUCCCGACCAGCCAAAUUAUGUUGUUAAGUUCAACUUUGGUCCUGAUUUCGAAAAAUUUCCAGAAGACUUUCGCGAACGUGCUGUACCGAAACCUAUGAUCGAAGUUCCGUACCAAAGUUACGAUGGCAGAGUUGAGACUGGUAACAAAUGGAAUAUUACCAGAAUGUGCCCCGUGUUCAAAGCGAUAAAAGAGGAAACGUUAAAAUUGUGAAAGCUGCUGCUGAAAUCGCCGUUAAGCUUGAGCGUACACUCAGGUUGGUCGUAUCUAAUUUGUAAAAAAAGCUACUUGGUCGCCUUGUGUAUCUUACUUUGUUAAAGAAUAGAAAUCGCCGUAAUGUUGUUAUAGAUUCGCAAUAGAUGAAAUUAUUGUUGAAUCGUUGUUUUAUGUGCAUGGAGAAUAUCUUGUUAAAACCACCGUGUAAACUGUUGUAAAGUGCAAACGUGUAAUAAGAUGUC